AUGGCUGACAAGACGAUACAGCAAACUCAGCGGACACCAACACUUAAACCUCCCUUCGCACCGCGACCUCUCCCACACUCUCACGCCACCUCUCUCACAUCUUCUCCAACAACUGCAUCGCAGCAUGGCACUGCCAACGGCAAUCCGCAAGUCGUCAUCGACGCAACGCCGCUGCCGCCGCUCGACUCGCUGCCUACCAUCGCUGGUCGCGGCAACGAUGCCUUCCUCACGAACAACGACAUCGACAAAUUCUUAGUAGAAGACCUCGACCUCUCGCGACUGAACAAGAUACAUACUCACCUAUGGAUGGCUGGGCGGCCGAUGCGCGCGCGAACCCUGCAUCGAUACAAGAUGUACGGCUACGAGCUGCUAGGCACUCAGCAGAUGGACCUGCACCUACUGAGAUUCUCGAACAAAGUACUGGUCAAGCCGCUGCCGGAGUAUCUCCUCGAUGCGUCAUUCUGGGAACAAUAUCUAUCCGCGAAUAAGGCGCUGCGUGAGAGCGCAACAGGCUGGCUGCUGAGCUACGUGUGGCUCGUCACGUCUCCCCUCGAUCUCAAACUCGCGCACGAGAACGCUCUGCUCCCGGCCGCAGUAACCUGGACGUGGUGGAAAGCUUUCGUUACCGACUUCGUCAACAACAUCGACAUCAACACCCUUCACCAAGUCAACAAACGCUACCACUUCGGUGACCUCCGCCUAUCACGCAUCAACUCGAUCUACCGCACCCGCUAUUUCUACACUCACUUCGUGCGCGGCUACCUGUACGGAUACAACCGCUACGUCGUCUUCUUCGAGCGAAAUUUCUCCUGGAUACUGAUCCUGUUUGUCUUCCUCAGCCUUGUGCUGAGCGCUAUGCAGGUUGGCACUGCGCUUAAUGAGCUCAGUAGCAGCAGAGCCUUCAUGAAGGGAAGCUAUGGCGUCGUGGUGCUGUGCAUGGUCAGUGUGGCCGUGGUGCUGGGCGUUGUUGGAGCGUUCUUCGUCGGAGUGUUCUUGUUCAACAUGGUGAGCGCGAUCAGGCAUGCGGGGAGCGAAGAGAGAAAGAGGGAGAAGUGGAGGGAAGAGAAGAAUAGUGGCGGCAAAGACGUCUGA